AUGUUAAAUAUCUCCGGCCUCCCCUUGUACAAUGUCUGGUUCGGACAACACUUGAAUGGCGUGGACCAAGAGACUCUCCGUUCGCGUCGAACUCAGAUGUUGGACGACAUUGCUUCCGCAAUGGCGCAACUUGAACCUUACUCUUACUCUAGUAGUGGAUCGGUCCAAUUCGAUUCAGACUGGGACCCUUUGGGGGUCGGUCCAGUACGCCAGUUUGACCCAAAAGCAGCACAAGACUGUCAGAUCACUGAUGAUCUAUUGUAUGUCGACCAACCUGCCAUGUCAGACCCGGAAAAAUUCUACACAUUCUUGCUGGACCUGCAUCCUGAAACGAAUGCCGACCAUGGCGAGGAAAUUCUCCUCCGUCGAAUGAUCAGUUGGAUUCCUAAACCAAUAGGCCCGAAGCCAUUCGUCUUGGCCCAUCCGGAUUUCGAUGUUCAGAAUUUCAUUGUCUCAGAAGACGGCCACCUACAAGGAAUAAUUGACUGGGAUGGUAUUAUGGCAGUGCCUCGCAGUAUUGGGAAUGAGGGAUACCCAGGAUGGCUCACCCGAGACUGGGAUCCUCUCAUGUACGGUUACAAGGAGUCCAUGGACGACGGUGUGGAGCCGUUGGGUGUGUGGGAGGAUUCCCCCGAAUCCCUCAAGUAUUAUCGCAGCGUCUAUCGUCAGUCUAUGCUGAAGGCUCGAGGGACCACCGAAUCUAUUGACACCACUCGCAUGUCUCUUAUCGCAGAGAACCUACGCAUCGCAGCGUAUUCGCCUGCUUGCCGGAUUCAUAUCUUGAUUAAGAUGGUGGGUGGGAUUUUUGGGACCGAGGGCGAUGAGGCGUUACGGAAGUGUUGCGACCUUGUCAAUGCUUUCGCCGAAGACAAGGUUGAUGAGUCGGAGCUUGCUGCUAUGAAGGAUGGGUUCAAGAAGUUGUUGGAAAUGCCUAUGUAA